GCCGUCCGGUGGCUUCACACGCGCCGCAGCGAACAAGCGUAACGUUUGUAACGUUGGAACAAGCCUAUGAGCGAGGUAGAAAUGGUAGAAACGUAGAAACCAUAGGUAGAAACAAGCGGGGAAGCGCGAGAUCCAGCAGAUCAGUGAAGUGAUUCUGGUGCUGUUCUGGUGAUUCUUCUUCGGUGCUGAACGGCCGACAAGCCAAGUCAAGCCCAAGCCUUUUAAAAUUGACCGGCGUGUGGCGUAGUCAAAAUGGCCGCCCAAAGCGUGGCGGUUAAUUUGGCAGGCUCGUCAGUUUGGGCCCCGUUCAAAGACUUGAACUUCGCCGUUGAAGCCGUGCUCCUCAACAAGGAUGUGGAAGCCGUUCCCGACUUCGUGGCCGCUCUCAGGCGCCACAAACCCGAUUUCGCGUCCCUGCUGCAGAAUCCUGCCAGGAGCGCCCAGCACCGGGAUGCUGUCGCCAAGGCGUCCAAGGAAGGGAUCCGCGUCGUGGGUCAGACGGCGCCGCAGGUGCUGCCACAGAGCAUCGUGGAUGAAGCGCUCAUCAUCAGCGACAUGCUGGAGCUGAACGAGCUGGUGUCGCUCGAACUGCUGCUGGCGGGCCAGCAGCAGCAGCCGCUGUUCCCGGAGCUGACGCGAGGGCUGGUGGCGGUCCUGCUGUACUACGACGGGCGCCGGGCACUAGUCAACUCGCUGCGGACGCUCGUCCAGGUAACCGAGGGCCGCACCUGGACGCUAGGCCUCAACACCGACGUCGUGGCCACCGUGACCAAGUACACGGACGGCCUGAAGGACGAGGACGGCGUCUUCAUGAAGGUGAUGGACCUGCUCGAGAAGCUAGACCUCGCCAGGGAGCUGGACAUGCUGCAGCGGAGCAAGGCGCUCGGCGGACCGCGCUACCGCAAGCAGGUCACCGACAUGAUCCAGGAGACGCACCAGUCGCUCUCCGAGAUCGUCUUCUGCUGGAGCUGCCAGACGGUGCUGUCCAAGGAGGAGGCGCUGCGUCUGCUCAAGUUCGUCGCGUCGUCGGCCGACACCGCGGGCGACGGGUCCCUGCACGGCGUGACGCUCACAGUGCUCAUGGCGCUCCUGUACGUGAUGGACGUAAGCGUGCUGCAGACAUGCGAGGACAGUUCUAAGGAGAUCGACAAGCUGCCACUGGUGCAGAACCCGGACGUAGCUGUGGCGCUGCACCGCCACCUGUCGUCCGACGCCGCCUGGAAGAUCGAGGGCCUGCGCGCCGUCGUCUGCUUCGCCUGGGCCCUGACGCUGCGCACUUUCUCGCAGUUCCCGCUGGUGAGCGUCGAGCCCGAGCUGGCGGCCUGCCUGGAGGACGAUGAGAGGACCAUGGACGCUGCCCUAGAGGGCCGGGCCUUCCCCAGCCUGCUCCACCUGGUGGUGCGCUCCCCGUUGCUCCACCGGGAGGAGUUCUUCCUCAAGCGCAUGCACGGCCUCCUCGUCGACUUUAUCGUCCUAAUGCCCCUCCGGGUGAAGGAGCUGCGCAACCAGGGGGACGAGACGGCCCGCAUCGUGAGCGCCUACUUGAACGACGGGCUCGCGCCCCCGUCCACCCUGACCAGACACUUCGAGCACCUGCUGGAGCUGAUUGCAGAGGUCUAUGCAAAAGACCCACUUGAGCUGCGCCUCUCAGAACAGUACUGGUGCCCCGGCGACGUCUCGGACCACAGCUACGCACCCAAGCCGUCUCAGCGUCAGGUGGCACUCUUCAAGUUCUUGCGCUUUUCUGGCGAUUUGUUGCCCCCUUCCUUGUUCACGCCGUACGUCUCUGUACUCACUAGCCUUGCACAGUCAAGGACCGGUGCCCACCACUGCUUCAACCUGCUAAAGAACAACGGUCGCUACAGUACUGGACCCCAGGAAAGCCUAGUCUCCUGGGAUCACUUCUUCGGGUCGCUCCGGUCGUACUACAACAGUCUUCGGCAAGAAGGUCCCCUCAGUGUCGAGUCCCACCUAUACAGGCCACCAUUUCCACGGGGAAUAUCUAGCGUCGAGGUGAAGGCACUCAUAGCGGUCCUGCAGCUAGUGGAGACGGUCGUUCAUUGGGACGAAGUGGCUCGCAUCACGCUUGCGGAGAACCCGCACCAUGUUCCGCUGGCGCUGCUCGUCCACCUGGUUGGGUGCGGGGUGGCCCCCGAGCUGAAGGCAGCCUUUCUGGGGACGCUGUCUGCCUUUGCGACGUCUCCAGAGGUGGCUCUCAAGAUCUGGCAGUGCCUCGAGGGAGCCCAGAUCCUCCCCGUCCGUCAGGGGGGUCUCGCCCCCAACCCACCACCGGGCAUCCAGACGGAGCUGGAAGAAGUGGAAGCCCGCAACGAGGAGUUCCCUAUCACGCGUGCGCUGCUCAAGCUCGUCUCUGCCCUGGUGGACCACCCGCUGCCAUCCUCUGCUCACGGGGCGGUGCUCCUGCGGUCGGGGCUGGACCCUUACAUGGACUUUGUGAGAGACGCAGUUUUCCUCAAGUUUCACAUUCGAGCCUACAAGCAGGAGGAGGAGAAGUGGGAAGUGGCCAGGCUGUGCCUGGAGAUCAUUGAAAAACUGCUCAGGAAGCACGGUGUGGGGCCGGGCAUCGACGCAGCCAAGCUUUUGGCUUCAGACACUCCCCCCCUGGGGACCCAAGUGGCCUUCAACCUUUUGGCACACCUCUUGCAAGACGGAACCUUCCUGCGUCUCAUUCUCUUUGUCCUGGAUGAAGGAGCGAGGCAGCUCGAGACCUACCUGCCUUUCCCCGGACAGAAGCAGCUCGAAGAGGCAGCCCUGUUGAGCCUGAGGAUCUUACACCUUGCUCUGCUUCAACAAGAACCCUUCCUGCAUCAGGUGCGGAAUAGCAACGCAGCUCUCAUUGUGAGCUCCAUGAACCAACUUCUAAUGGCUGCCAACCCUCGGACAGGCAGGCCAGACUACGGCUUGGUCAUCUCGCAGUACGUGACAUACAACACAUUCCUUCCGUGGCACACCCUGGUUGCCUCUCGGAUCCUUCUUUUGCUCUGUGGUCAGUCAAAAAUGGCAGAACAUCUUGCCACUGCAUUCACUUUCGAGAAGAUGCAAGGACUCCGCUUGAUCCACGGCUUCGCAGAGUCUCUAGAUGUGGACUUGGGUCCGGACCCUCCAGCAGGCAAUGAAAGAGACUGGACACUGCGUGAAGUCCGCACUGCAAGCAGUCACACACUUCUCAAGAUGCUUCUCAGCUGCCUUGAACACCCUGUUCUCAAUGUGGGGCAUUACCUGCUCGGCUUCGAUAUCAAACGUAGCAUUGCCAAGACUACUUUGCAAGAGCCAGGUGUCCUGGGGUCUGCAAGGACUUGCCUUCAUGCCAUCCUCUCGUUUUUGGACAACUCAUCGGAGGCCCGAGUACCCGGUGGACCCCCCUCGGUAGUUGAGUUAGGCUACAAGCUGGUUUACGUGCUGUGUGCCAACCCUGCGACCACUGAACCCACCAUGCGUUACCUGCGGUCCACACGGGACUUCUUCUACAAGCACCUCCAAAAGCAGCCCAAAAGAUACCUCAAGAGUCAUGGGGACACAGAUGUCAAGCUUCUCAUGCAGCAGUCCUGGUUUCUACGAGCUGUGGCGCUAGAACUGCGCGUAACUGCUUCACAAAAUCAGCGUUCACACAUCCAAAGGCUCGUGACACUCCUCUUGGAAGACAAUCCUCAAUUGCUGACCUGCCCCAUUGACGGAGCAGCAGAGCUCUCUAGCUUUCUGUCUUCAAGCGCUUCUAUGCGUCCGAGUGCCUUUGCGGGCACCCUCCGGCGUAAGCUUCUCAAGCUUCUGGAUGCUGUGGACACCAUGAAGCACACUGUGCCCUCGGCUCCCACCUGGGAAUACCUUGAUUCUGUCGAGUUAGAGAGGGCCUUAGCAGAAUGCGAGUAUCAGGAGCCCGGAGGACCCAUCAUGAUAGAUGUCGGAGCAGUACACCAGAGGCUCUUGGAGGCAUCUGCCAAGCUGCAGGGCUUUGUAGCAUUGGGGCAGAAAUCCAUGGUGGUCCAAGAGGUCAAGGCAGUUCUCCAAUACACUUUGGCCAAGAACCGUUGUUGCCAGGGCUCCUUUGCUAAGAGACACUACUUUCUGGCCUGGCAGCAGCUGGUGGAGGUGGUGGUGACUGUGUGUCCCCAGGACAUCUUUGGAGGGGACCUCAAGAUUCAGGUUCUCCUGGAGGUGGCUCAAGAACUCCUGAGAAGGCUUCUGGAUGGGAACAGCCUGACAGAUCUGCUAGCACCUUCUUCAGGAGUGCUACUUGUCCUCAUGGCAGCUCUGCACCACUGCCUUCUCACCAUGGUACCAACUUAUUCGAAUGACUGCACUAGAGGAGCUCAAGCACAGGACACCGCACUGCAGGUGUCCUUGACGACCUACUCUUCGUCCAUCCUGGCGGUGCUCAAGAGUCUCCUCGAGUGCCUCAUCCAGACUGGCAGUGGCUUCCAGCGCGUCAGAGCCAACUACUACGGCUCCCUCCUCAAUUUGCUGCGGGUGGUCCACAGGUCGCCAGAGACCCAAGGAGCUCCCGGAGGUGGCGUGGACAGGGUGUUCGAGGACUCUUCUUCGGACGGCGAAAGGCUGCGCAAGAGCCACGCGGAGGCCCUUUUCAGCUACGGGGAGCAGCUGAUGGAAGUAGUGUGCAGGGACGUGUGCGGGAGCCACGAGAUCACCCAGAUGCUGUCCCUGGCCGCGCUUGACGCAGUGGUGUCCCUCGACACCCACGGGCACUGGCUGUCCUACCUGUGCCGCAAGGGAUACCUGCACCACCUGACGGACGGCGUCUCGUCUGCGGAUGCCGACAUCCGGACCGUGCUCGUCAAGGGAUCUUCCAAGGGCAGUUCCUUGCGGAGCCUGUACGUCCUCGAGUCUAAGCUCUCUCUGCUGACCCGCCUGGCUGCGAGCCCUGCUGGUGCCCAGGCCCUCCUGGAGAGCGGCCUGGUGGGGAAGCUCGCCGAGUGCGAAGCUCUCGACCUGCACCCCAGCAUCGCCGGAGGGCUGCCCGACCUUGCUUCUCGGUGGCCGUGUCCGCCGGCGACCAAGUGCUACCAACAGCUCUUCGUGCCGGUGGCGCAACUCCUGCUCUCGAUCGCCGCGUCCCUGGGUCCCGGACACAAGGAGGCCGGCUUCCAAGUGCGGAACUUUCUGGGCGCGCACGCCCAGGUGUUUUCGGCCAUGCUGCAGCCCAGAAACUUGGAGAACUCGGAUUUGACGGCGCUAGAAGAAGCUGCGCUGGCGUCUGCGCUCGUGGCAGUGCUGGCUGACGGCGCGGAAGACGACGACGACGUGGCGCUGCUGGAGCAUCAGGGGCACCUGAGGAUGCUCCAGAACCAGAUGCUCUCGUUGCUGUCGUGGCUGGUGCCCGAAGCCGACGCGGCGUCCCAACUGCCGCACGAACGAAUCUUACGGCUGCGCAUUUCCUGCAGUGUAUUCCGCUUCUGUAGUUCGUUGUGCAGACUUGCGGGCACAAAAGACAGGAAGUGGUUCCGCAUUUUGUUUGCACCGACGGCAAGCGUGGAGGCACCCCCGCGGAGCGGACGCAGCGGUGUGUCUGGUGCCGUCGCUGCUCCUCCUCCAGGGCUCGGGCUGCUGGUACGGGCGUUGCUGGCGUACUCCGCCGAAGCGCAGCGGACUGCGGUUGCCCGCGACUGUCUCGCCCGGAAGUUGGCCGCGCUCGACGACCUCGGGUCUGCGGAACUCGCCGAGCUGCUCCUCGCGGCGGACCAAGACCAGCCGUCGUCUCUGCAGCCGGGGAAGCUGCGCGAGGCUGCCAGGAGGCAGAUCAACCGCGAGGCGGCGCUGGCGAAGAAGGAGUUAUCGCUGCUUACAGUCGCCGUCGAGCAGGCGCUGUUCCUGCUCUGGAGACACCUCGAGUACUUCCUGGUGCAGUGCGUGCCGAGCGGGCGGGCCAAGAGGGGACUGGUCAGGCCGGCCGAGGCGCAGUUCGGAACGCCCAUGCGCGAGGGCACGUUGGGGCGUGUGCCGGCGAGUGAAGCGGUCACCGUAGAAGACGUGGAGGCACUGAAGGCGGACGUAAAAGCAACCUUGAACGACGCCUUCUUCCGCGGCGUCCAAGUCAGGGAGAGCUACCUCCGGGAGGAGAGUGCGUCUUCGUCCAAUCCCAGAUUCUUCGAGGCUCUGUUGAGGAGGCUGAAGAGGCUUGCCACAUUACAGGCACACUGAAGGUGGGUGCAGCAACCGGCAUGUCACCUUGGAAGUCUGUCAUGUGUGUCCAGAACGGAAAGAAACGGGGCUUGGGCUUGUUUGGUGGGCCAGUCUGCAUCCUGGGUCUUCUGCAGUCCAAGAUUUGUCGACGUGCACAUGCAAGUCUGAGCUACGAAGAAUGUUUGUUUUUUGGACUUGAAGCCUCGAGACAGUUUUAAUUGCUUUGUGCUGUAUACCUUUUGAGUUUUGUUAUUGUUCAUUUCAUAAUUCAUUAACACAUUGUGUGGUUUCUGUAAAAAUAAAUAUCGAGAAGAUUUUG